AUGACACCUUUCUACAACAUCGCUCCCCAUCUGGAGUACUUCAACGUCCCAUUCACCGACUUCAUCGCAGCGCGACCCGAGUUCGAUGCGUUCGCAGUCGGGGGCUACAUUUUCGCAGGGGCAACUCCCACUUCCGACGCGGAGUCCCUGCGACCACGUAUUUUAUUGCUCCAGCGAGCGCUGACCGAUUCGAUGCCCGGUUGCUGGGAGGGCCCUGGCGGGGCAGCUGAACCAGAGGAGGAUCGCACAUUGCUAGAUGGCGUGGUGCGUGAAGUCGCCGAGGAGACGGGCUUGCAUGUCUCGCGGGUCGUGGAGCUGGUCACCGUCGAUGUGUGGGUUCAUACCCGUCGCAAUGGUGAUCGGAUUCGCAUUGCGAAAUAUUCGUUUAUUGUGGAGGUGCAUGAGGGGACGAGACUGUUGGCGGAUGGGAGCUCUCAGGUUGUGGGUAGAGACGAGAUCCCCGUUCAGUUGGAGGUGACGGAACAUCAGGCGUUUGAUUGGGCCUUGGAGGAGGAUGUGAGGCAUUCCAUGCAGACGGGCCAGGGCAAGUAUCAAUUACCUUUGCCUUCGGUGAGACAUCAAGGUCCGAAUAUUGUGAGAGCGUUUGAAUUGUUUACGCAGCAAGAAGGGACUGGGGUAUGA